AAAACUGCAACUCCCCCUCUGUCAUCACUGGAGGCGAGUAUAACCCCGUGUUCUUGCUGUCUUUACACCCCAGCCGUGAAUUAUAACAGAGUCUGUUUAAUCGAUGGCUUUUAUCAUGAUAAAAAAGAAGAGAUUUAAGUUUAAAGUAGAUGUGGAGCUGGAGGAACUGUCAUCUGUCCCGUAUGUUAACGGGGUUCUCUUCUGCAAAGUCCGAGUGACGGACGGGGGCUUUUCAGGGGAGUCAUCGAGAGAGCAGGUUAUAGCUAACUGUGUUAAAUGGAAGAAAACGUUCUCCUUCUUGUCUAAAAUGAGCGCAAAUGCAGGGACUGGUGUUCUGGAUCCGUGUGUGUUCCGGGUAUCUGUAAGAAAGGAGCUCAAAGGUGGCAAGACCUUUGCAAAGCUUGGCUUUGCUGAUUUGAACCUGGCUGAGUUUGCCGGUUCUGGAAACACCACGCGACGCUGUCUGCUGGAGGGAUAUAACACAAAAAACACACGACAGGACAACUCUAUACUGAAGGUGAUUAUCGACAUGCAGCUCAUGUCAGGUGAUCCGUGCUUUAAAACGGCUCCAUCUACCGCCAUGACUAUUGGAUUCCCUGGAGAUACAGAUCUUGAUGAGGACAGAAGAGGAGAGACACAGCCGACAACUCACAUCUGUACAGACAAUUCAGGAAAAAGCACCUCCAGUCAUAGGUCUGGUUCUGUCCUGGAUGAACUGGGAAAGCGCGGCCAUUCGAGAACAUCCAGCUACGCCAGCCAGCAGUCUAAGUUCUCAGGCUACAGCACUGAUCACUCCCGUCCCUCCAGUAUGACAGAGCUCUCUCAUAGGAGGAAUUUGUCUGUGGGUAGUGCCUCCAUAGGGAUCGGUAGCUUACCAGAGCCCAGUGAGUCCAGCCUACAAUCCUCACUGCCCCAGCACUUCACACCAUCACACAGUGCCAGCAGGUUUCCUGUAAAGCAGGACUCAGUUGAAUGUCAGCUAAAGAGACUGGAUGCUACCAGAAUAGACGCUGAUGACAUCAUCGAGAACAUCUUACAAGGCCAAGACUUUAGCCACAGUAUACUGGACUCUAGUGCUGAAGAGGAGGGUCUGCGGCUGUUUGUUGGGCCUGGGGGAAGCACUGCUCUGGGUACUCAGCACACCUGGGUUGGUGCUGGGACUUUUGAACCGGUGGUUAUUAAUCGUUAGACUGACUGUCUUUGGGGUAAGGUGAUGUAACAUCCUGUGUCAAAAGAGGGUACCAUUCCGUUGUCUUCGCAGCAAUUCUAAACUGGGUGUCUGGCACAUCUGUGAGAUCUGGGAAACACUUCUUCCCCUUGUGGCCGAAUCUGAGAACUUCACAUUUUAAAUGCCUCUUUCAGCGGGUUCUGAAGAUGGAUAUCUACUGAAAUCUACAAUCUUGUACAACCUACAGUCAAAUUAUCACAGAAUGAUAUGGUUGUGGUUUUCGCAGUCAUUUUUAAAACAGGAAAAUGAAACUUUGAGAAUGUGUUAUUGUUUUUAUACUUGUUUUAUAUAUUGUCUUGUUUAUUAGGAUAUUUUUUAUUGUAAUGGUGUGUACUGAUGCACUUUAGACGAAUUUCAAGAAUACUGAAUUUCAAGAGUAUAAUCUUUUGGAUAGACUAUCUGUGGAGGUUACACAUUCAGCCUGAACCAAUCAGUUUGUAUUUUUAUAUUGUUAAAAAUAUGAAAUGGUUAUAAAUUGUUUACAAAUGCAAUAUAACAUGUUUUAAAUGUGUUAAAGGUUAAAUUUUUAUGACCUAGGCUAUGAGAAUGGCUUUUUCGGAAUGGGAAGAUUUGUAAAAAAAAAGAAUAUCAAAGAAAUAAGAUAAAAAUGAUGUGUUUCUUUGUUUGUUAUUUUAGAGGUAAUAAAGUAUAUGCCUGAU